UUUGAAAUAUCAAUGUGGUCCUAGUGUGGUUAUUCAUAAUUUGAUUUCAGUCACAUUUAUAUCCAUUUUACGGUUUACUCAUCGCUCAGAGUAUUCAAUAUUAAUUAUUAUAUUUAUUUAUUAACUAAUAUUUUUUAAUCUUUUCAUUUUAUAAACUACUAUUAAAGAUGAAACUUAAGACUAAUAAUUCUGCUAAGAAGCCCGUGAAUACAAACAAAAAUAAGUCUCCGAAGAAACAAGCUAAAGGUGGUGUACAAGUUAGAAAAGAAAAAUCAAAAGAUAUUGUCAAGCCAGCUGUAUUGAAAAAAGAAGGAGAAAAGAUAAAAGUAGAAACACCUCCUAAUCCUGAAAAAUUAGCAUUACAAGAGUUAUGGAGUAAAGCUAUUCAAAAUGUUUCAAAUAUGACAAAUCUUUCUGAUGAAGAGAGUAGUAUUACUAAGCUGUUAGGAGAUUAUAAAAAUAAAUCUUCUAUUCCUCAAAAGAAAACCAAACUGAAAAAUAUGAUUACAAAAGGAUUUUCCAAAUUUAAAGAUACUAGUGACGAAGUAUUGGAUGGAGUUUAUGAAAAAUUAAUUAAUGAAUUCAAAGCUAUUGGUGGUAAUGCAGUUAGUUUAAAUAAAGAUACUAAAGUUAAAUCUAAAAAAGAAGAAGUUUCUAAUGAUGAAGAUAUGGAUGAUGAUGAAGAUGAUGAUGAUGACGAGGAAGAUGAUGAAACUGAAAAUCUUGAAAUUGGUGAAGAUGACGAUGAUGAUGAUGAUGAUGAUGAUGAUGAUGAUGAUGAUGAUGAAGAAAGCGAAGAAGAAAAACCUAAACCUAAAGGUAAAGGUGCUUUCAAAAAUGGUAAAAGUCAACCAAAUAAAGGUAAAAAUGGUUCAAAAUUUAAAGGUGGCAAAGUACAAAAAAAUAAAAAGUUUGGUAAGAAAAAGUAAGUUUUA